GAGCUCUGCUCUCUCACAAAUUAACUAUUUCCAAAUUGGAGGAGAAAAGUGGAAUUUCAGAGAUGUUGUUCUGUUUUGUCUGGGUCUCUCUCCCUGACUUGGUUAACGCUUUUGAAACCCCAAGAAAGAUGCCCCUCAACGGGAGCCUGGAGAAGACCUUUGUAACCCAGAACAUCUCAGCUUUCUUUUCCUGGGAUAAUGACAGCCUGGCCGACUGGCAGAGCUUUGUGGGCAGAAGCCGGUACGGAGCUGAGUCGCAGAGCGUCACAGUGAAAGCCCUGCUCAUUGCAGCAUACUCCUUUAUCAUUAUCUUCUCCAUCUUCGGCAGCCUCCUGGUCUGUCAUGUUGUCAUCAAGACCAAGUGCGUGCACUCCGCCACCAGCUUGUUCAUUGUCAACCUGGCUGUAGCCGAUAUCAUGAUCACACUUCUCAACACACCUUUUACUCUGGCUCGUUUUGUGAACAGUACCUGGAUAUUUGGGAACGGGAUGUGCCAUGUCAGUAGAUUUGUGCAGUACUGCUCCCUCCAUGUCUCUGCCUUGACCCUCACAGCCAUUGCUGUGGACAGGCACCAGGUUAUAAUGCACCCUCUGAGACCUCGCAUAACUACUGCAAAAGGUGUUAUGUACAUCUCUGUAAUCUGGAUCAUGGCAACUUGUUUUUCCCUACCACAUGCUAUCUACCAAAAACUCUUUACCUUUGAAUACAGUGAGGAAGUUACCCGGUGCCUGUGUCUGCCUGAUUUCCCUGAGCCUGCUGACCUCUUUUGGAAGUACCUGGACUUAACAACCUUCAUUCUGCUCUAUGUCCUGCCUCUUCUCAUUAUCUCUGCUGCCUACAUGACAGUGGUCAAGAAACUCUGGCUGCGCAAUGUCAUUGGGGAAGUCACCACUGAGCAGUACUUUGCCCUUCGCAAAAAGAAUAAGAAGACCAUAAAGAUGCUGAUGCUUGUUGUCAUCCUCUUCACAGUCUCCUGGUUUCCCUUAAAUUGCUACGUCAUCCUACUCUCCAGCCAGAUCAUUCACACCAACAAUGCCCUGUACUUCACCUUUCACUGGUUAGCAAUGAGCAGCACCUGCUACAAUCCCUUCAUCUACUGCUGGCUCAAUGACAGCUUCCGAUCGGAACUGAAGGCUUUGCUCAACUUGUGCAGAAAUCCUCCCAGACCUGCAGAACAGAGGCUUCCCUCCACGGUCUCGUCCUACCAACUGGCUUGGCCAGAAACCAGCAACUUCAAGAGGCUGCAGGUCUCCCAUGUCUUUCCAUCAGCCUCCAACAUCCAGUCAGGGAAGACAGACAUCUCUGCAGUUGAGCCAAUGGUAUCUGCGAACUAAGCGGUGGCCCUGUGAAAUCUAUAAGGACUGCACACAGAUCUGGCUAAAGCUAAAAUGGUGGGAAUGUGUGGAGCUCUGGCCUACUUAGGGACUGUGCAACUACACACGGUAAAACCAAGGAGGUUCAGCAGGAUGUAGCAUGAAAGAGCUGGAUGUUUGAUUCAGGCUCAUGAUAAUGGCAUGCAGACCCUAAAAGGGAGAAAGCAAACUCUUCCCAGGAAGGUCCUGGGCUUUGGACCCUCUGCAUCCCUGACUCCAAAACCCUAGGGGUCGACCUCGGGUCUCCCCUGGUGCCUUCUGCCAGA